ACGGCCACAAAAUAAUCUCUUUUCUGGUGUCUGCCAAAGAGACCUGACGAGCUAUUAAAGAGGAACCACUUCUUGAAGAAGGUAGUUCGCUGCUUUUUUUUAGCUUCUGUUAGCCAAGGUCUCCACUAAUGUUCCUCUCCUUUUCGACGGAAGUGCCAUUUUUGAAUCCAUCACCGACAUCAUUUACGAUAAUGUCGUUUUUUAAAGUGGUUCCGUCGACAACGACCAUGCUGUUGGCAAUUCUUUUCCAACUUCUCCUGAUCUGUGGUUACUCUUCCGCCAAAGGGCCGCCAGAAUCAUAUAGAUCCUUGUAUCCCAAAUACAAUCAUGAGAUAUAUUACAAUACAAUGGUUCCAGAGGAUACCGAAGUGGAUGUCAUUCUUAGAAAGAAUCAUCCACAAAAACGGUUCUUCGUCCUGGAGAGUGGAUACAGACCUUUAUCUGUGACUGUAACUCCUUGCUUCAUGGAUGGUGUUCUUGAGUGGAAGAUAUCGCAUAGCCUGUACCAUCAAGGGUCUCUAGACUCCAGCUAUCGCUCUAGUGUUUGGUCAAAUAAUCUGGUACUUCCACCAGCCUCAUCACCAUCAGCGACAUACGCUGGUCGAUCCCGUCGGUCGUACAGCACACCAGCAGCACCUCCUGGCACUUACUCCUUGGAAUUGCGAUCCAACACGGAGGGAGCUGCGAAGGUGUUGGUGACGACCAGAUCGACUAGCGACUUGCCUUUCCACCCACCUCUGCCCCCAGAUCCUAACCUCCAAAUUGUGAAAGUGAAGCGAAAUCGCAUCCUGGUGUCAUGGCAACCGAGUCUCACUACUCGGCCACAUCAAUAUUGUGUUUCCUCCAACAAUAGGGGAAACUAUAAUUCCCUCUGCUCUGCCGAAAGUGACUUGCUGAUGCGCAGGAAUGGAGUGUCAGUGACAUGUGUUGGACGCAAGACAUGGCACCUCUUCAAGGGUUUGAAAAGAGGCAGUACUUACUACUUCGAUGCGUUUGUUUUGGAUGCGGCCACCAAUGCUUCUUCAGCCUAUAUUGGAGUGAGCGCGACCCUCAGAGGUGGGGGAGGAGGAGGAGGCGUUGCAGUUCCUCGCCUUAAGGACGAUGCCCUGGCCACAUUUGCUUUGGACGAAGCCAAUGGACAUACUGUCAAUAUUAAAUACCAUCCGGGAAAAGCAACAAGUCCCAUAUUAAUAUUCGCACAGUCAUGCACCGGGCCUGGUCCAGUCAAUCUCCAUAUUGCCCGAGGUGGACCUCUGAAGCAAGACAUCAUGUCCACCACAGUCAUGGAUGUUAAAACCUUACAUCUGCCUCCCACGAAUGCUUCUUCUCUUAGCCUCUCUCUACGCUCCACAACACAUCACAAAAGGAAAGUUCGUCUCUGGGUGAGUUCAAGAAAACACUCUGCCCCUUUUCCUGAGAUGCCAGAAGACAAAAGCGUUCGAGUGUUCGACAGCCUGACCACUUGUGAUUCCAUAACCAUUGGCUGGAAGAUAUCAGUGGACGAGCGAGUUAAGUACUGCAUCUACAGGCGUUUAGGUGGGCAGAGCUUAACGGAGCCUCAGAACUUUUGUGAAACACGCAAUCAAGGCAUACAGGUGUUGUGCAGAAGGUAUCAUCGUUUCAGCAAGAGGCGAUUCAACAACGUCAUCAUGCAGAGGGUGAAGGGCCUGAGGCCUGGCACAACGUACCUUUUUGAAGUACAAGUGACCAAGGUGAAGGGGGAAAUGUUACCUUAUGAACAGGUGUGGGCCAGGACGCGCGCUGCGUGUUCCAAACACAAUAGGUGAUGUACCUAAGUGAGUACUUUCUUUCAUAAAGCCCUCGUGGAAAUUAGCAGACUUGAAAAUGACAAUUAUGACUGACACUGUACGACAUUUUUAUGUGAAAUUUGAGUUAUUUCCACUGUUAUAGUAAACUGGAUUGAUAUAAUGAGACCUACGCCUGAUGGUUUGGAGUCAAGAUUAUUGCCAUAGCGUAAUGCCUGAUGAAUGAAUGUCUACACUAAAAGCGACUCUGUCUAUUAUGAAAAAAUGCAUGGUCAGUGUAAUAUCAUGUAAAUCAAGGCCAAUCUAAUAAUGACAUGUAAAGCACGCGACUGAUGACUUUUAUGUACACAUAUUUUUCGCCAGAGGGCAUAGAAUCUUAUAGUUUGAACUCUACAAGCAAAACAUUUAUUGUUCACAUUUUGGUGAACAAUACUUAUUUCCAUGCAGAGCUUAGAGAAAUAUAUUGUUUUAGAGACAUUGUCCUGUAGAAUUACUUGUCUUAGUCUUGUAGAACGCCUGUUUGUAUAAGCGUUUGUCUUGGAACUAAAUGGCCGUUAUGUCACCAAGCAUUACGGCUUAUUAACCAGCAUUAAUUUUUACCAAUGGCCAAAAUUGCUUUGUGGAUAGUCAAAUGUCAUAUCAUUGUGAUUGUCUUUUCUUUUUAUGUAUUUGUCAUGAAUAUAUGAAAUUACUUACAAACAUACCUGCCCAUAUAUGGAAUAUGCGUCAAAAUUCACGAUUCGAAAUGUUAGGAAUAAGUGUAUAUCGAGUCGUGCAAUUCCUGCAUAAAACGUGUGGUCUCAAUUGCUGCCAGAAAUCAGGAAUUAGAGACAUCUUUGUCAGUAAAUGCAUUAUCAGAGAUAAUAUUUCAGGAAUUCAUGGACACACUAUAUCUCUGUGAUUGUAUUUAAUAAUUUGAUUGCCUUUUAGACGGCAUGCUAUAAUGAAGAUAUUGCUAAGUUCAGUGCACUCUCGCUAUUCAGGCAUAAAUUUUGGAUAUUCCAAGAAAAAGCUAAAUAAUAUCAUCCGUUACAUUUUCGUUUCGAAUAUAAUUAAACGUAUUUCUAUUAAUGUUUUGAAAUCCUUGUCCAUUUUUUGAGCAUUUUAAACAUCCUUCCAAAAUGAGAGUAUAAUCUUAGAAUAAAUUUUGACUUCCUAUCCAGUACUGCAUGAAAUUUUAUCUAAUUAAUUAAAUUUUAUUUUUAUCUUCAUUUUGAAAAUUG